AUGAAUAUCCUUUCAAUCAACAUUAGAGGGGGUGGCAGUAUUGUAAAGAGAAAGAGAUUAGCACAUUUAAUUCAAUCUGGUAAGGUGGACAUUUUCUUUGUUCAAGAGACUAAGCUUUCUGGGGUGGAUCUGAAGAUGACAGUGUCUUUGUGGGGGGGGGGGGGGGAUGAUAGUGUUGAAUGGAAUGAAGCUGGAUCAGUUGGUGCUUCAGGUAGGAUCAUUAUUUUGUGGAGGAAGGAAUUACUUAAGCUCUUGUUUAGUUUCAGAGGCAUUGACUUUGUGGGGGUUAACGCAGAGUAG